GAACUGGAAUUACACCAAUGAUUCAGUUAAUAAAAUAUCAUUUAAAACAUUAUAAUUUUAACAAUAAUAAUAGUAAAUUAUCAAUGCAUUUAAUAUAUGCCAAUAAAUCUGUUGAUGAUUCAAUAGUAAAUUUAAAAGAUUGCUAUUAUCAUUCACUUAAUAACAAUAAUACUAAUGAUAACACAAAUAUUGAUGAUGUAUUGAUAAGGAAAUCAGGGUUGGAAGGAAAAGUUGAUAAGGAUAUUUUAGAAAAUUGGUUCAAAAAUACAAUUAUUAAUGAAAAGGAAAUAGAACAAAAGGUGGGGAGGGGAUGGGAGAGUGGAAAAGAGACAUUUACAGGAGAUUUAUCAAAAAACCCAUUAGAUAAUUACAAUAACGAUUCAUCCUUUGGCUUACAAUCAUCUUCAUCCUCUUUAUCAAUUUCAUCAAUUCCAUCACUUUCAUCACCUUCACCAGCAGCAGCAGUAGAAGCAUUGUCAUCUGUUCAACCAACAGCAACAGCAACAUCAUCAAAUUUCUUGAAACAAUCAAGUUUCUCAUUGAAUAGAAAAAUUCAUAAGCCACCCCCAAGAUUAAAUUUAGUCACUGAUAUUUACAAUUGUAAUAAUGAUAAUGAUAAUAAUUUACAAAAAGUUCAGAUGGAGGGAAGAUUUGAUUCCAUAAGUAGUAGACCUAAUAGUAAAAUUUUUGUGUGUGGACCAAUUAAUAUGAUGAUUUCAAUUGAUCAAAUAUUACAUGAUAUGAAUUUUAAUGAAAAUGAUUAUAUUCUAUUAAUAUGA